AUGAAUAUUCAAGAAGAUUCUUUCAUAAUAUUGAAACAUUUCAUAUUUAUAAUAAUAUAUGAUGAAAUAUUUAAUGAUGGAAAAAUAUUUAAAGAAAUAAUAUGGUAUGCAGUAAAUUAUUCAACAUAUUUUCAAGAGAAAGGAACAGGAAACAAAUAUAAACAUAUAGAAUAUACACAAUAUGAUAGAUAUAAAUAUGGAAAUACAAUACCAUCAGAAGUUAAAUCAAUUGGAAAUGGUUGUUUUUCAAGAUGUUCAUCUUUAACAUCAAUUAAUAUUCCAUCAUCAGUUAAUAAAAUAGGAAAUGAAUGUUUUUAUGGAUGUACAUCACUAACAUCAAUUAACAUAUCAACAUCAAUUAACAUAUCAACAUCAAUUAGAUCAUUAGGAAAUGAAUGUUUUUAUCAAUGCUCAUCAUUAAAAUCAAUUAAUAUUCCAUCAACAAUUAACAAAAUAAGAGAUGGAUGUUUUUCAGGAUGUUCAUCAUUAACAUCAAUUACUAUACCAUCAUCAAUUACAUCAAUAGGCAAUGGAUGUUUUAUGUUUUGUAGAUCAUUAACAAAUAUGAGUAUUGAAAAUGUAAAAUAUAUAAGUGAAGAAAGAAUAUUUAUAAAUGAACCAGUGUUAAUUAGUAUUUCAAUACCAGAACAUUUAAAAAUGGUAAAUGGAAAGAAUAUUAUAAAAGAAGAUAUUAAUAAAUUUAUGAUACCAUCAACAAUUACAUCAAUAGGAAAUAGAUGUUUUUCAGGAUGUUCAUUAUUAAAAUCAAUUAAUAUACCAACAACAAUUACAUCAAUAAUGGGUGAAUGCUUUAUUUAUUGUAUAUCACUAACAUCAAUUAAUAUACCAUCAUCAAUAACAUCAAUUGGAAAUUAUUGUUUUUAUGAAUGUUCAUCAUUAACUUCAAUUGACAUACCAUCAUCAAUUAAAUCAUUUGGGAAAUCAUGUUUCUAUGGAUGUGGAUGUAUUGAAAAAUUAAAAUAA